UCAGUCAGGACUCAGCCUCAGAGCGGUGUGCAGGUCGGGGGUCGCGCUCUCCCGUGUGUCCACAUAGAUCUUGUAGUUCGCUGGCGGUGCGGUGCGUCCCCUGCAGGUCUGGAGCAAAUACCUCUGGAUAAUAUCUCCCAGCGCUUUAGAUAUUGUCGUUCACACUAGGUUCACAGGAAGCUUCAGCAAUGGCAUCUGGCAAGUCUCUAAACGUGGUCCAGCGAGAGGGCUUUUUCGAUGACGCUUUUUUCAAGGAGGCUUGGGAGGAUUUCGACCGCGCCGUCCAGACUGUCCUGGACAAGUUCGAUAACCGGGGAUUGAAGGUUGACUCCGGUUCGAGGUCUCAAUGUCGGGAUGUGUACAGCAAAAUCCGCUCUUCAAAGAUCGACGAAGACUUGUACGCUUCCCAGGCCGUUCAGAUCAACGAGAAGGAUGGCAAGUUUCAGGCUGUCAUGGACGUGAAAGACUUUAACCCUCGGGAACUCCAAGUCAGAGCCGUUGACGACAGGAUUGUGGUUGAGGGAUCCUAUCAGAAGGUAUCGGAGGACGGUACCUCCACAUCCAGCAAGUCCUUCUACAAGGAGUUCUCUCUACCUCCGGCUGCUGACAUUGACCAAGUGACCACUGCUCUCUCCAAGGAUGGUGUUUUGACUAUCAAGGCGCCAAAGAAGGAAGGCGCUGCAAUCACCCAGGGACCCAAGACGAGCAACUCAUCCUCUAGCGUUCAGCAGUCUUCCUCCUUUUCUCAGCAGAGUGACAACAACUCUACUUCCUCCUUCAAGAGUACUUCCUCCAGGACUGUUGUUCAGUCAUCUUCCAGCUUCGAAGGAUCCUCGCUUGAUGGCUUCGAUAGUCUGCCAAAGGAAAUGCGUGAGAAGCUCAUGUUCAGUGACUCUGGCUUCGGCUCCACGAAGACCAGCACGUGCACGUCUCCCGCCCCCAGUGAAGCCGGCUCUGAAUCCUCACGUGUUUCCUCCACGAUGGAGUUCGACGUUAACAGAGGGGCUGCUCCUGUCCGGUCCGAAGUUACCUUCAAUGUGACCAGUCCGAGUCAGCCAACGCCGCAGCCGAUGUACACGCAGGGACCUCCAGGCAUGCAGCAGCAACCACAGCAAGCUCCUCAGCAACUGCCGCAGUAUCAUCCUCAACAAACGUUCCAGCAGCCUCGGCCGCAGAUGUUCCAGCAGCCAAUGUUCCAACAGCCUCCUCGGCAAGGGUUCCAGCAACAACCUCAACAGAUGCCUCAGCAGAUGCCACAACAGAUGCCUCAGCAGAUGCCACAACAGAUGCCUCAGCAGAUGCCACAACAGAUGCCUCAGCAGAUGCCCCAGCAGAUGCCUCAGCAGAAGCCCCAGCAAAUGCCUCAGCAAAUGCCCCAGCAAAUGCCUCAGCAGCCAUCUCAAAGCAUGUACCAGCAGGCCCGUCCACAGCCGAUGGCGCAGGCCCCAACAGCUGGCACAGGAUCUGGUAACCAGACAAGCGUGAGCAUCACGGAAGAGAAUGGCCGCCGCGUCAUGACUUCUCAGACUUCAAACGUCGUCCAGGAGAAUGACGGGGUUAUGGAACACCGCGAAACAGCUGCUGAAAUUACUGAUAAGAACAGCCAGGCAGCACGACGUGAGGCCUCCACCAAAAUGACUCGCCAUGAGGAGGACCCCGAAGGAAAGUUCAAGCGUUCCGAAGCAGCUGAUGCCGCAGAAGUGAGCGAAUCCUGCAUCCAACAUAUGCCCGAUGGCUCCGUCAUGUCGGUGAAAAAGAGUUCCUCCUCCACAUCAUCCGUUAAACAGUCUUUCAGCUCCUCCAUGGGGGGCCCUGGACUCUUCCUCGAGUCUGGCAACUUCCCUUCAGGAUUCGGGGAUCUGAAGGACCUGAUGGGCCGUGGUCACUCGCUCAUGUCGCAAAUGUCCACUGACUCUAUGGCCUCGACCAUGUCUGGCAGAUCAGGUUUUAGUGAUAUGUCUAACUUCUCCCACUUUAGCGAUGCUUCAUCUAAAUUCUCAGAAAUGUCAAAUUUCAGCAAUAUGUCCAAUUUCUCUGACAUGUCUCACUUAUCCAAUAUGUCAAACUUCGGUAACAUGGCCCCCAAGGACUCUUCGUCUCGCAUUACCAAGUCCUUCUCCACCUCCUCUUCUUCAUCCUCUGUCAACAAAUCAUUUUCCUCGAACUUUGGAGACAGGAAUUUCUAAGGAUAUCAACAGAAAAUAACAGAGAGGAGGGAGAAAUGCCUUGCCUUAACUCAUCACAUGUGCAGUUGGUGGAAGUUCAUUACGCAGUGUUGGGACUUCCUCCAUAAUGCUUUUGGUUAGGGAAAUGCAAUUAUUUUUUUGAAUGCUGGUGCUGAGUUUAUGUCUUAGAGAAUAAGUCGACAUCUGUUGGAAUUAUUUGAGAAUUUAAUUUGUCAAUGACUUCAACUACAGAUAUAUCAAGAUAUUUUGUUGCCUUUAUGUAAAAGCGAAAAAAAAAUACACAAUUGCUGGAACAAAAUGUGUCUUCUGAUCAUUAUAAAGGACUAUCAACCAGUAUUAUUUUAUGAAUUCCCAAGCAUAUUUAAUUGAUAGUAACACUUCAUUUCUUGUUGAUAUUCAUGACAUUUAUAUUUAAACCUACAGAAAUCAUUAGUGUUAAGCAAUUAAUAUAAGUAAUAUAUUGACUCGUUUUAUACAUGUGUGAAUUUCGAAUAAAAUGUACCACUCAAAAAUGUUUUCA